AUGCGGUCGGUGUUGCUUCUAAUUCCAGUAGUGCUUGCAAUUUAUCGUUUGAAUAUUAAUGAUGCAGGUGCCGUGUCCACAACUGGACGGGAUAUUGAGUAUGAAUGGUCAAUUAAGGAGGCAAUUUUGAUGAUUUUUCGGGAUUAUUUUUGUGAAUCGACAGUUGUUGUGAAUUUUGUGACGUCAUUUGGAGAGAUUGAGGCGAAGUUUGUUGCUGAUCAGCUGGUUGGGGAUCUGAUUGGAGAUAUUGAGGGAAAUUUUUCGAUAAUUAUUGAGACUGUUGAGGAUAUUAAGGAGCAUUGGAGGAGAAAGAAAGAGUUUUGUGUGUUUUUUGUUGAUUCUCACGCCAGUUUUGAGAGAAUUUUCGCUAAAGUAACUGAUGAGCUGUUCAGAUUCACUGGAUAUUAUGUCAUUAUUUUUAUAAACCCCGACUCAAUCCAUGAAUCAGAAAUUCAAAAAAUAUUCGAGAAUCUAUGGACUAAGGACAUUACUAAUGCUGUAGUCUUAUGUCCUGAGAACCAUGACGCUCAUAUCCACACUUACUUUCCAUUUACGAGAAGCUACUGCGAACAAGUUCAUCAAGUUCUAUGGAAUAUUUACAGAACAAGUGUCGGUCUGCUAUAUUCAGAUCGGCAAAUCUUUCCUGACAAAUUGACCAACUUUUAUGGCUGUGAAUUCACAGUUGUGACUUAUGAAAAUCCACCAUUUAUGACAGAGAUUGUUAGUGUCAAGAAUAACAUAUUUCCUUGGGGAUUUGAUGGUAUCCUCAUUUGGGGUCUUGAAAAAUCACUCAACUUUACCACAAAAAGGAUUUAUCUUCACAAAAAAUCAUGGAAAAAUCACACAAAUGAAUACCUCACGGGUAAAGCAUUGAGAAUGGUCGUAAAUGGCAUUGCAAACUUUAGUAUUGGAUUUCUUGUAACAACAACAAAUAGAAAUUUCUUUAUGACACCAAGCUACAGCUACUAUACAACAAAUUUAGUCUGGGCUAUUCCGUCUGGUGAGAAAUUGACAGCAUUUCAGAUGUUUACUAAACCAUUUCAGAAUGCUAUUUGGGGGUUAGUGAUGACGACUAUGGGAAUUAGUGUUGCUGUAAUUAGGAUUGUUGCGAGACGAUCACAGAAAGUCAAAAAUUUUAUCUUCGGCUACAAAGUAAAGUACCCAAUCCUCAACAUGUUCAACAUACUCUUUGGUGGAUCAAUGCCAAGGCUACCAAGUCGUAAUUUUGCCAGAUUCUUGCUAGCAUUGUUCAUCCUAUACGCGAUUGUCAUCAGAAAUGCAUAUCAAGGUGCUCUAUAUCAUUUCAUUAGGAUGGAGGAGCAACCACAAGAUGUUAAAGACAUGAAAGACAUGAUGAAUAGAAAUUUUAAACUGUACACACUGGAUGCCAUUAAAAUUUAUCUUCAGCCUUUCGAGUUCAUCUACAAUCACACAAUUCCAUUGACAGUUCAUGAAUUUGAAGAUUUCUGGAAAAAUUUAAGCACUGGCAAUAACAUUGCUGUCUUAACAUCUGAGGAUCAUGUCGCCUACUGGAAUAAAAUCGGAUAUCCAAAUUCUUUUGUUAGUUUUCUUCCUGAAAAGCAAACCGCAGUCAAUUUAGUCAUGUAUUUUCAAAAGACUUCAUGCUUAACUGAUGCAAUUAAUAAGAAAAUAUUCGAAAUGAAUGACAAUGGGUUGAUGGACGUUUUUAGGAUUCAGACGAUUGAUAAGAGUUAUUUAAAGAGGAAGACUGUGAUUAGAGAGCCUCAGCAGUUGAGGUUAAGGCAGAUUGAGGGUGGGAAUAUGUUGCUGCAGUUGGGAUUGAUUAUAAGUGGAUUUGUGUUUGUUGGUGAAGUGAUUUGGGGAAGGAUUUUGGAAAAGGAAAAUGGAAAAUGUCUUGGUGGGAGUGAUUUUGGAGGAACUGGUGGAGUAUUGGGAUUGGGAAUUGGAUUCUUUAAGUUUGAGGACUAA